CACAUCGACAACCAUGUGGAAUGCAUAUCGUGGUGGCUUCCCCUAAAAAUCCCCUCUCCCUCUCUCGUUUUAUUAAUAAAAAACAUGCCUUCAACAAACUAGCGGCGCCUCCGCCAAAAAAUACCCAUUUAUUUCUGAGUUUUCAUGCAAAUCCUUUCUUCCUUCCUCUCUAUCUUUCUAUAUUCCUUUUUGCGUUUCACGUGGGCCAUGACUAGGCUCUCAUAAAGCUUCGCUGGAUCUCUCUCUAGAUGCUGCCGCUUUCUCUCUCUAGAGAGAGAUAUAUAUACCAGUUGCUUUGUAGUUUUUUUUGGCUUGUGGUUUCGUAAUGGCGAUGGAGGACAACGAGAGUUGCAGUAGUAGGGCGGUGGAUUCCUCGCCGACUCAUCCGAGGCAGCAGAGACACAAGCUUAUGGUUUACAACGAGGUUUUGAGGCGACUCAGAGAGAGUGGAAACGACGAGGCUAACUCUCUUGGUUUCGAAGAUGAGCUAUGGACCCACUUCAAUCGCCUUCCUCCAAGGUAUGCGAUCGAUGUGAAUGUUGAGAGGGCAGAAGAUGUUCUCACCCACAAGAAGUUAUUGCAAUUGGCACAGGACCCUGCAAACAGACCUGCAUUCCAUGUUCGCAUUGUUCAGGUUGCUUCUUCCAAUGAUGGAAGAACAAGUGGUGCUCUACCAUUAAACUUACCUGGGAAUGAUGAUGGUGAAACUGCUUCUAGUCAUGCCAGUAAACAAAGUGUUCAUCCACCCCCUGCUUUUGGUUCUUCCCCAAAUCUUGAAGCUCUUGCUAUUGAAUCUAGCAAGUCACAAGUUAAAGAUGGUGACAGUGCUGUAAAUGCCAAUCCCAGUAUUGCUAGACCCAUGCAUGAGAUCACAUUUUCAACAGAUGAUAAGCCAAAGCUUCUGAGUCAGUUAACCGCUUUGCUUUCUGAGGUUGGGUUGAACAUCCAAGAGGCUCAUGCUUUUUCUACGGUGGAUGGUUAUUCGUUGGAUGUCUUUGUUGUUGACGGUUGGGCCUCUGAGGAAACUGAUCAGCUCAGAGAGGCGCUUAGAAGUGAAAUUGCGAAGAUCGAGAAACAAGCUUGGUCACAGCCAUAUUCUUUGACUUCUGUACCUGAGAAUGUGCAAACCAAUGGGAAUCCUGUGAUUGAGCAUGUAAAAAUACCAAAUGAUGGUACCGAUGUAUGGGAGAUUGAUGUCAGGUUGUUGAAAUUUGAAAAUAAGGUGGCAUCUGGUUCAUACGGUGAUCUUUACAGGGGGACCUAUUGUAGUCAGGACGUGGCCAUUAAAGUUCUGAAACCUGAAAGGGUAAAUGUAGAUAUGCAACGUGAAUUUGCCCAGGAAGUCUAUAUAAUGAGGAAAGUUCGACACAGAAAUGUUGUGCAGUUCAUAGGUGCUUGCACUCGACCGCCUAGCUUGUGCAUCGUGACUGAAUUUAUGUCUGGUGGGAGCGUGUAUGAUUUUCUACAUAAGCAAAGAGGGGUAUUCAAAUUGCCUACAUUAGUCAAAGUGGCCAUUGAUGUCUCCAAAGGAAUGAAUUACUUGCACCAAAAUAAUAUUAUCCACAGGGAUCUCAAGGCUGCAAAUCUCCUAAUGGAUGAAAAUGAGGUUGUCAAAGUAGCUGACUUUGGUGUUGCCAGAGUUCAAGCUCAAUCUGGAGUUAUGACUGCAGAAACAGGAACUUAUAGGUGGAUGGCUCCUGAGUUGAUUCCUUGGGAGCCUGCAAUACUAGGACUCUCUUUAGUGGCUGCAUACAAGUUGGAUAUGAAGACACUACUGCUCGAAAUUAAGGGUUGCAAUCUGUAAGCGGAGCGAGUUAAGUCCUCUUGCUAAUGUGAUAGAUGGGGUUCAAACUUCUAAAGUUUUUUACUGUUCUAAUCUCUGAAGUGUUAUUAUGAUGAUGUCACCAUUGAUGACUUCAAUCAAAAUGUCUUAGAUUGUAGUUUGAGUCUUUUACACUUUUAUGGAAAAAAAUGCUGAAGAAAUCAUGCUUACCUUUGCAAUGAAAAGAAAAUCAAAUGAAUUUUGAAUAUGAGAGUCCUCAGCAUAUAUGAUUUAUAUAAUCAAAGUUCAUCGAGUAGGAAAUUCAGAGAAUUAUUUGAUAAGCGAGAAAAUGGAAUGUAAUGCUGAUUCUAAGACAUUGGGUUUUUUUUUUUUUACUUAUAUCGAAACUGAUAGUGCGGGCCUUUGUAUUCUACCCAGCGACCCUUUCCCACUGUAUAAAAUUGACCAAAAUGGUAACAUGUACAUAUGCAACACAGUUAUUUUUAAGUCAUUACAGAGUGCAGGGCUCGGUGCACUCCUGACAGUCUGAGACAAACAACACUUUAGAUCUGAAGUGAACAAUUUUCAAUGUGAUUGUUAACCAUUUCCUCAAAAAAAGAGAGUAAAUUUCAAUGUGAUUUCUGGUCAGUUCUUCUUUUUCUUCUUUGUAAUUGUCAUGCAUUUGAAUUGCAAACAUGCACGUUAAGUUCUCUUCCCAUUCUCCAUUUCAAAA